AAAUCCGGGCGGGGCGGCGCGGGGCGCAGACGGCGGCGCUGGUGACGCGGGCGGCGUGUCCGCUGUGCUGCCGUGCCGCCAUGGCAGCGCUGCCCGGUGCCGCGGCCCCGCGGCUGCUCCUCAUCCCUGGCAAAGCGGCCGAGGCUCCCGGCACCGCGGCUGCCCGGCACCUGUCCGUUGUCCUGCCGGCAGGAGCCGAUCCCGGCCUCCCCGGGAUGGAGACCACGCAGCCGGCCCGCAAGCGGCAGCGGCUCACGCAUCUGAGUCCGGAGGAGAAGGCGCUGCGCAGGAAGCUGAAGAACCGCGUGGCGGCCCAGAGUGCCCGCGAUAGGAAGAAGGCGCGGAUGACAGAGCUGGAGCAGCAGGUGGUGGAGCUGGAGGAGGAGAACCAGAAGCUGCUGCGGGAAAACCAGCUCCUGCGGGAAAGGACGUGUAACCUCGCACGGGAGAACCAGGAGCUCCGCUGCCGCCUGGGUUUAGAUGCUCUGAAGACGGAGGAGGAGGGUGACGAGUUCCAGGUUGUGAAGGAAUCCCAGGUGGAUGAGAUCAGAUUGGUGACCGGGUCCGCUGAGUCCGCAGCACUCAGACUACGUGUUCCUCUGCAGCAGGUGCAGGCCCAGCAGUCACCAUUUCUGACAGCUUCCACAUGGAUUCUGAUGGCAGUGACUCUUCAGACUCUGAGUCUGAUCUCCUAUUGGGCUUUCUGGACGGUCUGGACCCAGAGUUGUUUCUCAAAUAUGCUGAUUCAGAGUCAACGUGCCUGGAAAAGCUGGAUGAAGAGAUCUCUGGAGAAACAAAUUCCAUACCAACCGCCCUCUCUCCCUCUUUGGGGUCCCCAUCAGCUAAGCUGGAAGCCAUUAAUGAACUCAUAAGGUUUGAUCACGUGUAUACAAAACCCCUAGUAGUGGAGAUUCCUGUUGAAGUGGGCAACCAAACCAAUACGCUAGUGAAAAUUGAGAAAGAAAAUCUCUCUUCAUCUGACGACAAGGCCAUCCCUGAAGUCCCAGUGUCUGUGAAGAAGGAACCUGUAGACAGCUUCAUGCCUGAACUGGGCUUUUCUCAUCUGCUUUCUUCUUGCCAUAGCCUUGAAGCCCCAAGCUACCUGUUGGAUGGCUGUAGUGACUCUGGGUAUGAAGGAUCCCCGUCGCCCUUCAGUGACACGUCGUCUCCGCUUGGCGCUGACCACGCGUGGGAGGACAGCUUUGCCAAGGAACUCUUUCCCCAGCUCAUCAGUGUCUAACCUGGUAGUGUUAACUCCCUGUGAACAACUGUCCUGGCAGGAAAUCAGCAAUGCCCCUUUGGGG